CACGCGCAUGCGCGGCGCAUGCGUGGCCCGGGGUGUCGGGGCGUUGCUGGGAAACAUCUGCCGAUGGUUGCGGCGGGCACCGGCCGACAUGGCGGCGUCGGUGGCGGCUGCGCUGGCGCGGCUUUUGGCGGCCUUUCUGCUCCUCGCAGCCCAGGUGGCCUGUGAGUACGGCAUGGUGCACGUGGUCUCCCAGGCUGGGGGCCCUGAAGGCAAAGACUACUGCAUCCUCUACAACCCACAGUGGGCCCAUCUGCCGCACGACCUCAGCAAGGCAUCUUUCCUGCAGCUGCGCAACUGGACGGCCUCCCUGCUCUGCUCUGCGUCCGACCUGCCCGCCCGUGGCUUCAGCAACCAGAUCCCGCUGGUGGCGCGGGGGAACUGCACCUUCUAUGAGAAAGUGAGGCUGGCCCAGGGCAGUGGAGCACGCGGGCUGCUCAUCGUCAGCAGGGAGAGGCUGGUCCCCCCGGGGGGUAAUAAGACGCAAUAUGAUGAGAUUGGCAUUCCCGUGGCCCUGCUCAGCUACAAAGACAUGCUGGACAUCUUCAGGCGUUUCGGCCGCAUGGUGAGGGUGGCGCUGUAUGCGCCUAAGGAGCCGGUGCUGGACUACAACAUGGUCAUCAUCUUCAUCAUGGCUGUGGGCACCGUCGCCGUCGGCGGCUACUGGGCCGGGAGUCGGGACGUGAAGAAAAGGUACAUGAAGCACAAGCGCGACGACGGGCCCGAGAAGCAGGAGGACGAGGCAGUGGACGUGACGCCGGUGAUGACCUGCGUGUUCGUGGUGAUGUGCUGCUCCAUGCUGGUGCUGCUGUACUACUUCUACGACCUCCUCGUGUAUGUGGUCAUCGGGAUCUUCUGUCUGGCCUCCGCCACCGGUCUCUACAGCUGCCUGGCGCCCUGCGUGCGGCGGCUGCCCUUCGGCAAGUGCAGGAUCCCCAACAACAGCCUGCCCUACUUCCACAAGCGCCCGCAGGCCCGGAUGCUGCUCCUGGCGCUCUUCUGCGUGGCCGUCAGCGUGGUGUGGGGCGUCUUCCGCAAUGAGGACCAGUGGGCCUGGGUCCUCCAGGAUGCCCUGGGCAUCGCCUUCUGCCUGUACAUGCUGAAGACCAUCCGUCUGCCCACCUUCAAGGCCUGCACGCUGCUGCUGCUGGUGCUCUUCCUCUACGACAUCUUCUUCGUGUUCAUCACGCCCUUCCUGACCAAGAGUGGGAGCAGCAUCAUGGUGGAGGUGGCCACUGGGCCCUCGGACUCGGCCACCCGUGAGAAGCUGCCCAUGGUCCUGAAGGUGCCCAGGCUGAACUCCUCACCUCUGGCUCUGUGUGACCGGCCCUUCUCCCUCUUGGGUUUUGGAGACAUUUUGGUGCCAGGGCUGCUGGUGGCCUACUGCCACAGGUUUGACAUCCAGGUACAGUCCUCCAGGGUAUACUUCGUGGCCUGCACCAUCGCCUAUGGCGUUGGCCUCCUUGUGACAUUCGUGGCGCUGGCCCUGAUGCAGCGUGGCCAGCCCGCUCUCCUCUACCUGGUGCCCUGCACGCUGGUGACGAGCUGCGCCGUGGCGCUCUGGCGCCGGGAGCUGGGCGUGUUCUGGACGGGCAGCGGCUUUGCGAAAGUCCUACCUCCAUCUCCGUGGGCCCCAGCGCCAGCCGACGGCCCGCAGCUUCCCAAAGACUCUGCCACGCCGCCCUCCCGGCAGCCGCCCAGCGAAGAACCAGCCACGUCCCCCUGGCCUGCUGAGCAGUCCCCAAAAUCAUGUACGUCCGAGGAGAUGGGGGCUGGAGCCCACAUGCGGGAGCCUGGGAGCCCGGCUGAACCCGAGGGCCAGGACCAGGCCCAGCCGUCCCCGGUAACCCAGCCUGGCGCCUCGGCCUAGGGGAGGGGUGAGACGCUCGCUGCCGUGCCCGCCACACCAAGAUGUUGGGGCUGCCUGGUGCCCACUGGAGACAGACAGAGAGACGCCUGUCCCCUGGGACUGAGGCCUGUGCUGUCCCCACCCGCCCCAACAUGGUGCUCAUCCUUGCCGAGACCCCUGCGGUCCGUGCCCGCGCCCAGCCCUGCUGCCCCGGCUGCACGCCUGCUGCUCCAAGCUCGCCCGGCUGCCACAAGCUCUCUGCGGGUCCGUGCUCCCCACCAGGGUGCAUCCUCGCAGGCCCUGCCUGGCCUCUCUGCAGACCCUCAAGCGUCGUCUGCAUGAGUGAGCAGGCGUGGGUGGACUCUGGCCGCGGCCACACUUGGUGCUCACCAGCUGCUUCGUCCUUCAGGUGACCUCCUUCCCCACAGUGUCCUGUUCUCCGGGCGGAAGAGCAGCUUUCUGUCUCCCAGAAGGCAUCGCUUCUCCCUCUUGAGCAGAUCAGAGCCCCUGGGAGGUUUGGAAGCUGCCUCCAAGCCUAGGACACGAACUGGCGGCCGGGGCGGCCUCUGGACCCUGACGCUGGCUGAGACAGGCCUGUGGGGCAGGGUUUCGGGGCGUGAACGAGGCUGGCAGUGAGUGGACAAGCUGCUUCCCUGGCUAAGGCCCUGCCCUGCUCUUAGCCAGAGGUGCCUGGCCGUCCCUGCACACUCCUCCCCGUUUUAAUAAAUGGUCGCAACUUCUAGAAGUCCUGCUGGUGCCACCUGGUGGGGUGGACGUCUCUCAGACUGCCCUUCUGACAAGCAGGGGUGGGUGCCAGGCAGGCUGAGUCAGGCCCUCAGGGGUCCCUGGAGCCCUGGGAGGGAGGGACUGGGUCGUGGGAGGUCCCGGUAGCUCCCGGCACCCGACCUCACUUCCCGUGUGGGCCCUGUGUUGCUUUUCCGCUGAGAGGGGCUUGGGCCUCAGUUCUCCCUGUGGCAGCGGCAUUGAUGCGUGGGUUCUUAACCCUCUGGACCCAGCAGCUAGGAGCUUCUGGAACCCACGAGGACAUCUGCCACUGGCGUGGUCUACUCACGGAUGGGGUCCUCCUGACUCCAGGGCAGAGACGUCCGUGUGGGAACUGACCGAGGCGUGGCCCCAGGCCCCGGCAUCCUCCCCUCGCUGCACAUGGUCACUUCCGAAGCAGCGCUCCCUGUGGCCGCAGAGACAGAGCCCGCACCCUGGCUGUCUGUGGUGCCAGGGCCCCGGCUCCUGCCCGCCACCCGCCCUGUCCACGCAGCCUCUAGACGCAAGUCCAGAAUCUGUUUCUGUCAAGUCAGUCGUCCCCAGCUGCACACAGGGACUGCUGAGCGCUGCGCUCUCAUGGGUCUGUUCCAGACAGAGGGUGGCAGGGGUGAGCCCUGAUCCCUUCCAAAAAAUACCAGCUUCCCAGGGAGUAAUGGCGCCUUCACUGAAGCCAUUUUGUACAUGGGGAUGGGGUGGGGACGUCUCUUUUUUGGUGUUGGACAUUUGACCAGUGGGGAGGGGUUCAGAGGUGGCGGUCCUGUCCUUGGCUCCGUCUGUCCGUGUGGCCUUGCGGCCCUUCAGUCUGAUCAUUAAACACAGCUUUUGAUACA